CUGCUUGGGUUACACUCUUCCUGGGAUGUAGAAGAGCAAGGCGAGAGCAAGUGUUACAGUGGUGGGUUCAGGACGUGCCAGAAGCGUUGGGAUUGUGGAAUAAUCCAAGACACUGGUUCUCUCCUGGAACACUCUCAGGGUCUGACUUUGAAGUGGGUUUUUUAGCUCUCUGUAAACCCAGCCAGGGACUACUUGGUGUUUAGCCAUGCCUCUGUCAGCCCCCGCCCCACCCAACAAGAGGAAAAAGCCAUCCAAGAUCAUCACCAACUUCAACAACAUCUCACAACAUGAUGAGGAGGAUGAGCCUGAAGAUGAGUUUGACUUGGGUACCAAGAUCAAGACCCCCAAGGAGGUGAUGCUGGAGGAACUGACCCUGAUGAAGGGCAAAGGCUCCCGCAUGUUCCAGAUGCGCCAGCAACGCGUGGAGAAAUUCAUCGUCAGCACUGAGAACAUGCAAAACCUCCAGGACCUGACUCCUACUUUCGGCUGCGAUCUGCUUCCCCCAGUUCCCCCCAAGCCGGAGCCUAAAGAGGAGGUGGAUGAGGCUGCAGAGAAGGAGAGGAGGAGGCGUGAAUACGUCAAGACGUACGUCUCGCCAUGGGAACGCGCCAUGAAGGACAACCAGGAGCUCCGCGCCACCAUGCAUGCAAAGAUGCCCGGACCAAAAGUGCAUCAGGACCUGCCAAAAUUCAAGAGCUUCAACAAAUUGGCCAUGCCUUUCGGGGGCUUUGAGAAGGGCUCAAAGCUGCUGACCUUCCAGGCACCAGAGCUGAAGGCUCCAGAGGAGGAGGAGCUGGUGCCUGCGCUGCAGUGUGACAUCCGCUCCCGGCCCUCCUUCAACCGCACGCCCAUCGGCUGGGUGUGUAACGACGAUCCGACCAGCAUCCACAUGGAGCUCGAUGCUAUGCCAUUUGAUGGGGAGACUGAUGACCUUUGAAGAUCUUACUUACCCCACGUGCAAACUUACUUCUCUCAGCCACACACACACACACACACACACACACACACACACACACACACACACACACACACACACACACAAGCUCAAGUUUACAUAAAAACUGUGAUUGGUCUUUACUUGCUUGCAGACUGAUGUGAUUUUACUUUAAAGGCGAAAAUGGCCCUGGUGUGUGUUACCUUCUGAACCUAUGCACGCCCAAUUCACCCAGCCGAUGUUUCACUCACCUCUUCCUGAAAGUGAUCACUUGUCAGAUUUAUAAGACCACUAGGCCUACACUACAUUUGUAUCAAGGAUAAUGAGACCCCAGACCUGCAUGACAACCUCCUUCCGUUGUUUAUGAAUGUUGACACAUUAAACUAUUUUUUUGUGAUGUAAAAAA